AUGAACAAAUGUUUGGGAUUUUCUUUGACACCUCAUUUGAGAACUUGCGAUAGAGAAGAAGAAGAAGAAGAAAAAGGCGAAGAAGAACUUAGGCACAACGGUUCGGAUGGGUGGAGAUAUGAUAUCAACCUUGAUCACCAUCAUCAUCAUGACGAGGAAGUGCCAAACUCUCAUCAAACCGAGUAUCCUAUGAACCAUAACCAAACCAAUAUCAAUUGCACCACCGUGAUUAACGGAUUAUACCCACCCGGUUACCUCCUCCACGAACAAACCGUAGUUACACCACAAUACCCGAACCUAAUCCCUGAUUAUGGAGCUUUUGAAAGGGUUGGUUCGGUCUCAGAUUUCAAAUAUUGGUCAACGCAAGGCACUCCAACAUUUCCACUCUCAAAUACUUACGUUAAUGAAGAGGGUGGUACGAGCAAUACUAUUAGUCAUCUGAGUAACGAAGAGACUGGUUAUUAUAACACCAAUGGCUCGAUGCUAUCAUUGGCUUUGAGCCAUGGCGCUUGUUCUGAUUUGAUCAACGAAUCAAAUGUAUUGUCUGUGCCGGUGGAAGAACCGGUUAAGGUAGAUGAGAAGCGGAAGAGAUUGGAUGGUAAAUCUCAGGUGGUGAAGGAAUCAGUUCCUCGGAAAUCGGUUAAUAAUUUAGGACAAAGAACUUCGCAGUAUCGUGGAGUUACAAGGCAUAGAUGGUUUGAAGCUCACUUAUGGGAUAAUAGCUGUAAGAAAGAGGGACAGACAAGAAAAGGAAGACAAGGAGGGUAUGAUGAGGAGGAGAAAGCAGCGAGGGCUUAUGAUUUAGCGGCUCUGAAGUAUUGGGGUCCUACCACUCACUUAAAUUUCUCUUUGAGUAAUUACGAAAAGGAGAUUGAGGAACUCGAUAACAUGAAUAGGCAAGAAUUUGUUGCCAUGUUGAGGAGGAACAGCAGUGGGUUUUCGAGGGGAGCUUCGAUUUACAUAGGAGUAACAAGGCAUCAUCAACAUGGAAGAUGGCAAGCUAGAAUCGGUAGAGUUGCUGGAAACAAGGACUUGUACCUAGGCACAUUUAGCACGCAAGAAGAAGCAGCGGAGGCGUAUGAUAUCGCGGCAAUAAAAUUCAGAGGCUUAAACGCUGUAACCAAUUUCGAUAUAAACAGAUAUGAUGUGAAGAGGAUAUGUUCAGCAAGCUGCUCUGCGAUUGCCAAUAGCGACCAGGCCAAAGGUUCUCCCACCGGGCAACAACGACCACCAUGAAACUUCUCGCCGCGCGGAGAGAUUUGUCCCACGGUUGGUUUGACGAG